AAACCCGACCCACCGCACCAUUUCAUCUAAGCCAGGAAUAGCACAAAAACAUUAUGAAAAAAUUGGCUUUAUUUAUCUGAAUCUGUGUUUGGCACAAUUCAGAAACACGCCUUUGCUUAUGUUGCAUUUAUUUUAUCUUCCCCAAAAAAACCCAUACGGAUUUAGUUUCACUUUCGUUUCAUCAGCACACCAAAGCGAUGCCAUAUAUCACUUAACAGGAUACCAGGCUAUUCGAGUUUUCAUGGAUGAAGCACAUGGAGCACAUGGAUAAAGAUGGAGGAGCUGGACCUGGAGGAUGAUGUUCUGGUUGUGGUGGCACAGGAGGCCACUGCAAUUGUGGACGUUUUGUGUGAGCAGAGAAUUAAUGUUCUAAAUCAUAUCUAUGCCUUGGUGGAACCUCGGACACGGGAACGGCUACAGAGCAAGCCCAGCCUCAGGGAGACUAUUUCAGGUGUUGUGGAGUUCUUCAAAACUUCAAAGCAACAAACAUGCCGCCAUUUUCUGUGCACUAUUUGGGAGCUUUGUGAGAAUAUUCCCUUAGACCUGGAAAUACGGAUUUUGUCCAUAGCAGGAUCUUCGGCUGGUGAAGGAGCAUGGGAAAACAACUCUCAUCUGCUCGAUAGUGAAAAUUCCCCUCGAUCACAUAAUGCAAAGCGUGCACGUCUAGACCAGGUGCAGAAUUACACAAAUGCUGUUAAGAGUUUUCUGCAAAAGAAAUUCGAGAAGGUGACAAAAGAUAUAAAGAAAAAAGUUUGCCUUGACAAGACGUGGCUGUGCUGGAGACCACAAAAAUAUUCACGGGUGAGAGACAGACAUGCAAAAGCUCAGGAAGGGGAAGACGAUUCACCAGAACAUAAAGAAUCAGUAGAGGUUCUGUUGAAGAAAACAGGCAGAGUGGUAAUGUUAUCAGGUCAGGCUGGUUCUGGUAAAACCCUGUUGAUGCAUUGUUUAGCCCACCACUGGGCUCAAGGCUCGUACCCCACUAUUGAGCUACUUUUUCUGCUGGAGUUUCGCCAACUCAACCUUGUUUCACAGCCAUUGUCUUUGCAUGAGCUGUUGUUUCGUUUCUUUCUUCCCUCUGAGGAAGAUAAUGAGCAAAGUGAAGCAGUACUCAGUUAUAUUCUUACCAACCCUGAGAAAAUUUGCUUAAUAUUUGACGGAUAUGAUGAAUUUGGGGCCAGAUUUAAAGACCCUAAGGAGAUUGAUUACGGUUCUAUAAACCCUUACCAGCAACUGCCAUUGGCUGAUCUCCUCUCUGCACUAUGUAGCUCCAAGAUACUGCCUGGGUGCACAGUGUUGGUCACUUGCAGGCCGCGGGAUGUUUUUGACCUAUUUGGAAGUUCUGGUUAUUUUGUUGCAGAACUGCUUGGGUUUAAUCAACAGCGUGUAAAGGAGUACACUGAGGAGUAUUUCCAUGAAAAAGGACGUGACAUUAAAGAAAAAGCUGUUAGACUGCUUAUGGAUAGCCAUCAUCUGCUCUCCAUGUCCCAUGUUCCAGGAUUGUGUCAUGUUUGCUGUGUCUGCUUAGAUCAUUUCCUCUCCAGUGAUAUGUCUCAGCAACCUGACACUCAGCUACCCACGUCCUUGACCCAAAUCUACCUCCACAUUCUUUCUGCUUUUAUUAGCCGUUGCCAGGGUUGUGGAUCCUCUGAUAAUCAUACCCCAUUACUUCAGAAGUAUAGGGAUCAAAUUGCUGAACUGAGCAAGCUUGCAAUGGACGGUCUGGAGGGUAGCCGUAUAGUAUUCUCGGCGAAGGAAUUGUCUCCAGAACUAAUGAAUUUUGGUGCCAAUGCUGGAAUUCUGUCCCGUGUAGAUCUUACUUGCGCAGAUGGAUCACGGAGUCUGGGCUGUGCCUUUACACACUUAACUAUGCAAGAGUUUAUGGCUGCUUUGCAUCUUAUGACGAGCCCCGAUAUCACAGAUUCACAGCUCAAAAAGAAGCUUAACCUGAAAAGUCGAUGGACUGCUAAGACAGAUCCCAAAACUGUCUUCACAGACUCCCUUCACCUCUAUAUGUGUGGACUUGCUGCAAAAGCCUGCACUUCGAAUCUUGUCCUACUGGAAGGCAGUGAGAAUGCUAGGUCUACUGUGCCAAAGCGACAAGAUGCUGUACUUAAGAUUCUGCAGGGCUUUGUGUUCAGUGGCCGUCAGACAGGUCCCAAGAUUAUUGAGCUUUGCCGUUGUGCACAUGAAACACAAAACACUGAUUUGGCCAAGGCUGUUGGGUCAAGAGAUAGUUUUGAGCUGCGGAAUAUAAGACUAAACCCCGUGGACAUUGAUGCCUUGGCAUUUGUAACUUCAAAUGCAAAUCAAAUGGUUUGUCUGGACUUUGGUGCCUGUUCCAUUGAACCAGAUUGUUUGAACAUCAUUCCCAACUGCAAGAAGCUGGAAAAUCUCAUUUUUCGUAGCCGGAAAUAUGAUGACAAGAUUGCAGAGGCUUUGUCUGGUAUCCUGCCCAAACUUGAGAGCUUGAAGCAAUUAGACUUUAUCAGUGCUGGCCUCACUAAUAACGGAGCUGCUAAACUUUUCAACGCUUUGGAGUUCUGCCCACAAAUCACACACCUCAAUGUCAGCGAUAACUACCUAACAGAUGAGAGUGUAAAAAAGCUCACAGAGAUGAUUCCCAAACUGGCUAACCUCACAUCUGUCAAGUUGGGGAAGAACAACAUCACCAAAACUGGAAUAUUUAUGCUCAUUGAAAAAAUGGCAGCCUUUCGGAACAUUAAGAAAGUCUAUUCAAAUGCAAAAAAGGAAAUCAAUCUACUGUUUUACCCAAGCUCUCCAAACAAAGCAAUCACCAAUGACCUAAACAACACAGAAGAAUCAAAGGAUCUAAUCUUGAAUGAGUGGAAUCUGAAAUGCGGGGAUGUGAACAGUCUCUGCACAAUGCUCAGAGGCUGCUCGUCUCUCACUGUCCUAAACUUAUCCUACAACUCGCUGGGUAACAAAGGUCUAAGGAAGCUACUAGAAAAUCUGCCUACUCCCGACACCAUUCAAGAAAUCGAUGUAAGUGAGAAUGAAGUGGAUAUGGAUGGAGUGGUGCUUCUUUCAUCUUAUUUCUGUACUCUGAAAAACCUCACUGAAAUAGAAGCAAGCCAUAACGGGAAAAAGAAACUGGUCUUGACAUUUAGCAACAGUAGGAGUGAUAAGUUAAAACAUUUAACUUCAGAUGGGUGUGAUAAUCUUCGCAAGAAACUCAGGUUAACAGAAAGUGACAUACCCUCUACUGGUAUGAACAAACUGUGUAAGAGUCUGCUCAAGUGCCCAAAUCAACUAGAACUGGAUUUCUCUCAUGGAACAUUAACAGAUGAGUCUGUUGAGAAGUUACUAAGGUUCCUUCCAGACAUGUCGACUCUCAAUCUCCUAAAAUUAAAUCACACCCAGAUGUCAACAGAUAGUGCUUUGUUAUUGCUCCAGUUGCUUUCUGAUUGUCACCGGACAACAGCUGUGCAACUCAGACCACUGGGAGAAGCGUUCGUUAAGUUCGGCCAAGGCAAAGCAGAAGCUGCAAUUUGCAAGUUUAACCAUUACAUGCUGGGCAGUGCCAAUCUGGCAAAGCUCUGUGGUAUACUGGAACAGUGUCAUCAUCUGACUGAUCUAGAUCUAUCGAGUAACUUCCUUAAAGAUGAAGAUGUGAAGACCUUUGUUCAUUUCCUGCCCAAGAUUCAAAUCUCCAGCUCCGUGAGCCUCAAUGAUAACUGUCUAACCGAAGUAGGAGCGCUCGAACUGCUGAGUUUAAUGAAGACUUGUGAAAGGGUGGCUGCCGUGGAAGUGAGUCUUGCAAAGGAGGAGCAGAAGGCCUUAAUUUGCUUUGUACAGAAGAAUUUGACAGGCAAAACUUUGAGUCUGAGGCAUUGCUGUUUUGAGUCGAACCAUGUGGAAAAUCUUUUGAAAAUACUCACCACUUGUCCCAAUCUUAAACUAGAGUUAUCAUGCUGCACUUUACAAAGUCAAUGUCUGAACAUUCUUCUGAAUGGUUUGGCUGCACUGAGCUCAGUACAAACUUUAGAGCUAAGAAACAAUUCUUUGAACCUUGAGGCAGUUAAGCAUUUAGUUUCUAAUCUGUGUAGAGGUUCUGAUCAUAGAAUAAUUCGAAUAAUGGAGCCAUGGAUCAAAGGGGAAGUCGCAGUUGGCCUUGUGGCAGGCUGCCUGCAACUGAAUCCACAUAUAAAGGAAAUCAGAGUUGAAAAAACAUGGCUUAACCUCUCUGUUGAAAGUCUCACCUCUGCCACAGUCCCUAAUGAGAAUGGAAAUAUCUCUCUGUCCGCUGUGCGCUCUAUAAGCUUUGAUGACUGUGAAGUUGAGGGGCAGCACUUAUCCUCACUGCAGUCUACCGUCCAGAAGUGUACAUCUCUGCAGCAAUUACAGUUUUCUCAGCUGACCAUGGGUGCAGAUGGUGCAGAGUUUCUCACAUCAGUUCUUCCCUCACUGAAGAAUCUCAAGAUCCUCAGUCUAAGCUCUAAGGGAGAAACAGAAGAUGAAGCAGUGAUAUUUGCAUUACAGCAGAUGCAAAAGCACGUAGAAUUACUGAGCUUGUCCCAUCAUGUAAUCAAAGACAGUGGAGCUGCAGUAUUAAGAAAUGCCCUUCAAGGUUUGACAAGAAUACGAUCACUCAGUCUCUUGCAGUGCUUGAAUUGUACAGCAGCAGGAGGGCGUGAUUUGGUCUAUGGUCUGAUCCAGUGCCAGUUUCUGGAGGAAAUUCAGCUAGACUCUUUAGAACUGGAUGAAGAAAGCUUAGUUUCCUUUGCACACGGCCUCCAGGCCAUGACAUCACUUAAAAAGAUCAGUUUGAAUAUUAAGACAAUCUCGAAGGACGGAAGUGGGUUUCUGUGUCUGCUGGCUAGUCUGCACACAUUGUGUGAGCUCGAAGAGAUAGAGUUGAUCGGAUUGAGAAUUGGUGAUCAAGGGAUUGAGGAGCUUGUGAAACACAUCCCGAAAUGGACUAGACUGAGAAAGAUAAAUCUAUCAGAGAACUGUGUGAACGACCGUGCUGGAGAGAUGUUGGUGAACGCGCUAUCAAACUGCAGAGCACUGCAACAGAUAAACCUUUCCAAAAACAACCUUGGUCAGAGUUUUGCUGCUGUACUGGGUCAGGUUCUUCCAUCGCUCUCGGAGCUUUCUGAAUUGAAUCUCUCUGUGAACAGGAUAGAUUCAAAAGGUUGUUCAAGUCUCUGUGAGGGUCUGGUCAGCAUGAAGGCACUGAAAAAACUAGACUUAACCUCCAUUGGAACCUCAGACUUGGUCAAUGUUGCAUCUUGCCUCAAACACUGUACCUCAAUAGAGGACAUCAGCAUGUCCUGGAAUUCAUGCGAAAAUGAUGUGGCUCUGAAGCUGGUUGAAGUUCUGCCACAAUGCAGUAAACUGAAAAGACUUGAUCUGGAGGCCAAUAACAUCAACACAUCAGGAGCUAAGGCCCUUGCUGGAUGUUUGCAGCUUUGUCCUUGGAUUGAAAUAAUCAGGCUUUGGAGGAAUCCCAUUAAAAAGGAUGACCCGAUUUUAAAGGACAAGAGGAUGAAUUUCUCAUCAACCUAGUCUGCACAAUUCUGAAUGUUUCUUUAUUUGAUUUUUUUUUUGGUGUUGAUAUUUUAUUUUAUUUUAUUUUAUUUUAUUUUAUUUUAUUUUAUUUUAUUUUAUUUUAUUUUAUUUUAUUUUAUCUGUAUUUAUGAUUUUCUUUGUUAAUAAGAAUAUUGAGGUUUUUGUUUACAUUCAUUUGGAGAACACAUUACCUCACUAUACCAAUAACUAUACCAUUCCACAGUUUAUGUAGUUGUCUGGGAUUCUGAGGUUUAUGGAAGUGAUGUGAGCAAUCCAUUUUUGCACCUUAACAGAUUGUGAACAACCCUCUAAAGAGCCAUGCCUGCAUGUUCAGAGACAUAGUAACCACCAGCCUCCCUUACGAGCCCUUACCAACAGUUCCAAGGGACAUUUUUGAAAAUGCACAAUAUGCUAACUACAGUGGGCUUUUAUUAGAGAAAAUACACAGAAAAUGCCUGCAGCUGCUGAAUGAAGCUUGUCAGCUUGCCUUUCAUAUGCAUUAUUAUAUUCUAAUAUCCCAUACAACUGUGAACAUGCAGAUGAACAUGGCUGUGGGAAAAUCAGAUUUACACCAUUAUUAUAGGCAGCUUAUAACUUAGCACCCAAAACCAAAAGAUUUUUUUUUUCUAUUGUCCUUCCAUCAGCCCAUCCUAGACUUCUCCUUGUUGUGUUCUCCUGCAGAUCCUGUAUUUAUUUGUGUAUCGCUUCUUUGAAUAUCUCUAAGAAUUGCACUGUAAAAUGACACUGAUGCACUGAAUGUUGGUAUGCUGUUUGGUAUCUGAUAUGAAACUGAAGACUAUCUAAAUUAACUUUUAGUGAGUUAAGUAUUAGUUACUCUAAGGGCUCAUUUCUGUGCACAGAUUCUGUACCUACAUAGAUAAAAGAACUAUAUAAAUAGUCGACUUAAUGAAGUCACUGGCAAUCAAUCACAGUCGAAUAAAACUUUUAAAGUGCCAAAAUAGAAACCCAAAAUGUUGUUCUAUAUCCUGUAUAUUAUUUUAAAGAUCACAUUUGGAACAUACUUAUACAUUUCCCCACAAAAUUUGAUGUUAUAUUUGAUAGACAGUUGAUGUCUAUAGUCAAUAUGUGUAAAUAUGCUGGUCAAUAAAUCUUUGAAAGAAUGAUAA